UCGUAAUAUUAUUGUUUCUGAUCGGUUGCAAUUGUUACGUCACUGAUCACUAGACUAUUACCAGACGGUUAAUAAAUCCUCGACAAACAGCAGCUCUCAGUGUCAGUGCGAGUGCCGUUGAGGCAUUGUCAGCUCUUCCUAGUCUAUUUAAAUUUUAUUAUUAUUAUUUACAUAUAAUUUUCAACAAAAAAAUGGAUACGAAAAAACUAAUAGAAUUAGUAAAAGCGCAUCCCUGUCUCUACGAUCAAAGUUUUCCCAAAUUCUUCGACACCGAACACAAAGAACAUCUGUGGAAACAGAUUUCCCGGGAAAUGGGAGAUUCAGCGAACGCGUGUAGAGCACGAUGGAAUAGUUUACGAGAGAACUAUAGGAAAUCGCUGAAACGAAGGGCCGUGCAGCCCGUCUCAACGAAACAGAAACUGUACAAAUACGAAGCGCAAAUAAGUUUCCUGAAGAAGUAUUACCAAGACGAUGCUGAAUUCGUCAACGCGGCUGAAGAGAACGACGAGGAUGAAGAGGUCAGCGAUGACGCGAACGCUCCGGUGCUCAAUGAAACGCUAGAAACGGAUGCAGCUGAAGAAGAUGUUAAACAAGUAUCGACGACAACGAUGAAAUCGACAGAUUUGGAUGUUAUAGACGCGUUCCUCGAUGCCAUCACUCCAACUCUAAUUAAUUUCACGCCGUAUCAUAUGAAUAUCGCGAAAACUAAGAUAUUCAGCGCGGUGCAAGAGGUUGAAUUGAACAUGAUAUUGGAGAAUCAAGAUCACGUCGCUCCUGAAAUUGAAACGAAACGUUUUUCUGUUAACACUCCGGGAUCAAUUGCGUGCUUCUUGUCGUUGAUUCGAACAACUUUGAACAGUUUCUCACGUUUGCAUCAGAACAUAGCCAAAGCGAAAGUUUUCGCUAUUGUUUCAGACAUCGAGAAGCAACAGAUGCUUGGGCCAAACGCGACAACGAGCGAAAAUGGCUUUGAAACUAUUAACAAUAACACAAAGCUAGACGCUAUUAUAUUUGGUUGGGCAGAGAAGUUGAAAAGAAUGGAGGAUGACCAGAGAUUGUCUGCAGAGGAAAUUGUUAAUAAAGUCUUGAUAAAAGGCAUGUUCAACGAACUUCACAGAUCUCAAGUGGACAACUUGUUUGAUAACUGGUCGAGGAGGGAUUCCAUGGAAGCCGUGAGAAUUUCCCCAAAGUUACAGACAGAUGACACGAAGAUAUUCUAAAAAAAAUAAAUGUAUAUAAAUAUAAAACCAUUUAUUUGUAAAUAAUAAACAUAUUACGCUCAUUCGAACAUUUCAUUCAUU